AUGGGCAACCUACAAAAUUUGUAUAUUAAUGAUCCUGAGGCAUUGAAGGAAAUGAGCACAUGCACAUCCCCGGACUUCGGAAGGCCAUCCUUUCAACAGAAGAUUCUAGAACCUCUUCUAGGCCAAGGGAUUGUCAAUUCUAGUGGUGCAAUUUGGGCCUAUCAAAGAAAAAUCAUUGCUCCAGAACUGUACAUGGACAAGAUCAAGCUGAGGGCUCAGCUGGAACCAGGCGAGACAGUGCAGUGUGGGGAAGAUGGGAACCAGCAAAUAGCAAUAAAUCAGGAGAACAACUGGGGGAGAUCAGCUGAUGCAGCUACAGAACAGGAGAGAAAAGCAAUUGGGGGGACCAGAACUUCCAUAGAGCACUUCGAAGAAAACCUCUGGAGAUGUUCCAGUUGA